AUGACAGCUUUCCCACCACAUUUCUCUCCACACCUUUCGAGCGCCGGGCGAGAGGGCUUCGACUUCCAGACGUCACAGCUAAAGCCAGAGACACCGGAACGUGUCGCGAACGAUGAUGAUGCGCACCACAACCCGCCGCCCUCAAUAAUAUCGCCUGCCUUUACGCCCCCAGCGACCCCCGGGGGCGCGACACCCUCGCAACCCCGACCGCCCCGCUCCAUACCAGUCGAUACCUCAGUGCGCACCGACACGCCGCGACCGGAUCUACUGCCGCAGCUGCCCAAAGUGGAGUGCGAAGUGCGCGCGCGGAUACCCACAACUACCGGGCACGAGAUGUGGUUGCACGUGUACAGGAACAGCGUUGACACCAAGGAGCAUCUUGCAAUUGUUUUUGGAAACCAAAUACGCUCUAGAUCACUAGAUGCAGAGCGGCCUGGGGAGACGGAAUUGGACCGUAUGACAAGAGGCGCAUAUGUAGGACGCUUGUACCCGGGGCGAAUCAGCUCGCGGGUUGAGCAGCUUAAGAGGGCGGAAGGCGUCUCUACGAAGCGCAAGCCAGAGUCUGAUUUAAACCACGCGCAUAAGAAUAAUGGGCUGUUGUCGCCAGCUUCCGCAUCAUCCUCAGAGAACGGAGACGUCCUGCCAGCCUCUUCACUAGAAUUACCUCUUGUCCGUAUACACUCCGAAUGUUAUACUGGCGAGACUGUAUGGUCUGCGCGUUGCGACUGCGGCGAGCAACUGGACGAAGCCGCGCGGCUGAUGGCCGAUCCCACUCUGUCACCCUCCGGCGGCGCUAUUAUCUACCUUCGCCAAGAGGGCCGCGGAAUUGGUCUAGGCGAGAAGCUUAAGGCUUACAACCUGCAAGAUCUAGGCAACGAUACAUACGAAGCGAACAUUAUGUUAAGGCAUCCCGCAGACGCGCGCAGCUACGGUCUAGCUACGGCUAUGCUGAUGGACUUGGGCUUAGACGGAGACAAAGGCAUAAGACUUUUGACCAACAACCCAGAUAAAGUCCAUGCGGUCGAGGGCCCGAAUAGAGAAGUCGUAGUAAGAGAACGCGUAGCUAUGGUUCCGCUCGCCUGGAAAACAGGUGGUAUGAAGGGAAUCAAGAGCGAAGAAGUAGAGAAGUAUCUUAGUACCAAGAUCGAAAAGUUCAAGCAUAUGUUAGAUCAAAAAUAA